AUGUUGUUUAAUAAAGUGACUUGUACAGAUAUUGAUGAAUGUGCUUUGAGCAAUGAUAAAUGCUGGCACAAUUGUCACAAUACAAUUGGAGGAUAUAAUUGUAGUUGCAGAACAGGAUUCAGAUUAUCUUCUGGCUAUCGUUGCUUUGACAUCAAUGAGUGUAAAAGUAACAAUGGUGGGUGUGAGCAGCGUUGUCAAAAUACUGAUGGAUCUUACUACUGUGAGUGCAAUGUAAAUGGCUAUGGUCUUGAUGAAGAUAAACAUGGAUGCUCACGAAACUGCAGCACUGAUCCUGAUGCAUGUCACCAAAUAUGCAAUAAUGAUGGUGAUUCCUCCUUGUAUUGUUCAUGUUAUCCUGGUUACAGAUUAGCUGAUGAUGAAAGAAAUUGUGAAGUGAUCACCUUAUGUUCUGAAAGUGUAGCAAACUGUAAUCAAGUUUGCACUAAUACAAAUAAUAGUUUUAUUUGUUCAUGUAAUGAUGGCUAUGAGCUUCAAAAUGACAAUGCUACAUGUCAGGAUAUUGAUGAAUGCCCUUUAAACAGUGAUAACUGUUGGCACAAUUGUAGCAACACAAAUGGAAGCUAUGAUUGUAGUUGCAGAACAGGAUACAUAUUAGACUCUGAUGGUUUCUCGUGUUUAAACAUCAACGAGUGUGAAAAUAACAGUAGUGGAUGUGAACAACGUUGUAUAGAUACUGAUGGAUCUUAUUACUGUGAAUGCAAUGUAACUGGCUAUGGUCUUGAUGGAGAUAACCAUGGAUGCUCAUGGAAUUGUGACACUGAUCCUGAUGCCUGUCAGCAAAUAUGCAAUAAUGAUGGUGACUCCUUUAACUGUUCAUGUUAUCCUGGUUACAGAUUAGCUGAUGAUGAGAGAACUUGUGAUGUGAUUGAGUUAUGUUCUGAAAGUGUAGCAAACUGUAGUCAAGUUUGUACUAAUACAAACAAUAGUUUUAUUUGUUCAUGUAACGAUGGCUAUGAGCUAUUAAGUGACAAUGCUACAUGUCAGGAUAUUAAUGAGUGCAUUAACAGUGACUGUGAACAUAACUGUACCAAUACUGAUGGAAGCUACACUUGUUCAUGUUAUAGUGGCUACUCCUUAGAUAGUAAUGAGAGAAACUGUUCAGACAUUAAUGAGUGCCUUAAUGAAAAUGGAGGUUGUGAACAAAGGUGUCUAAUCAAAUUUCUUCUUUUGAAUGUUCAUUUUUGCUCAAAUAUAAAUGAAUGUGAUGAAGGAAUAUCAGGUUGUUCAGAAUUAUGUACAGAUAAAAAUGGAUACUAUAACUGUAGCUGCUUUGAUGGUUAUCAACUGGACACAGAUAACCAUAACUGUACUGACAUUAAUGAAUGUAUUGAUAAUAAUGGAGGAUGUGAAGAAAUAUGUGUAAAUACUGAUGGUAGUUAUGAGUGUUCAUGUCCUUUGGGUUAUCAGCUUGACAAUAAUGGUUUAAACUGUAAAGAUUUUGAUGAAUGUAGUUUUUACAAAGGUGGUUGUAGUCAUACUUGUACUAAUAAUAUUGGUUCUUAUACCUGCUCAUGUCCUAGUGGCUAUAAUUUGACAACUGAUGGACACAACUGCUCAGAUAUCAAUGAAUGUGAUGAUGAUGAUGAUGAUGGUGGAUGUUCUGAUAUAUGCACUAAUACUGCUGGAAGUUAUCAUUGUGAAUGUUAUGAUGGGUAUCAGUUUGUUGGAAGUGAAUCUAAAAACUGUACAGAUAUUAAUGAGUGUUUAGUUGAUAAUGGAGACUGUCAGCAUAUUUGUACAAAUACCGAUGGAAGUUAUGAGUGUUCUUGCAAUGCAGGUUACACUGGAGGUAGAUUUUGUACAGAUUUAGAUGAAUGUGCUUAUGGUGUAUCUAACUGCAAUCAGACAUGCUUCAAUACUGAUGGUAGCUACUACUGUGGUUGUGAGUAUGGGUACAGCUUAAGUAAUGACAGUUAUUCUUGUAUAGAUCAUGAUGAAUGUGCUAUGGGUACUGACACAUGUGAUCAAGUUUGUAUCAACAAUCCUGGUUCAUUUCAUUGUGGAUGUAAUACUGGUUAUGCUUUAGCUGCCAAUGAAAUAUCAUGUAAAAAUAUUGAUGAAUGUCAAACUGACACUGAUAAUUGUGAACAAGGCUGUACUGAUACAGAAGGUUCUUACACUUGCUAUUGCUAUUCUGGAUAUCAAUUGAAUACCACAACCAACAUUACUUGUUAUGAUAUUGAUGAAUGUAUGGAUGGAACAUCUGAUUGUUCUCAAAUGUGUAACAAUACUAUUGGUAGCUAUAAUUGUAGCUGUAAUAUUGGCUAUCAAUUAGACAGUGAUGGAGCAACAUGUAUUGAUAUUAAUGAAUGUAAUCAUAAUAACGGAGGUUGUGGUGGAAGGUGUGAAAACACAGGGGGUAGCUACAUAUGUCUUUGUCCAUCAGGAUACUAUUCACUUCACAGUACUGACACAAAUUGCACAGAUAUCAAUGAGUGUAACUCAUUCAAUGGUGGUUGUGAUCAUUAUUGUAAUAACACCAUUGGAUCUUAUGACUGCUCAUGUAAAAUUGGAUAUACUUUAUCAUUCAAUGGGCAUAACUGCUCAGAUACUAAUGAGUGUAGCUCAUUCAAUGGUGNUUGUGAUCAUUAUUGUAGUAAUACUAUUGGAUCUUAUGACUGCUCAUGUAAAACUGGAUAUACUUUAUCAUCUAAUGAACACAAUUGCUCGGAUAUUAAUGAGUGCAAUAAAAAUAAUGGUGGCUGUAAUCAAACCUGUACCAACACUAUGGGUAGUUACUACUGUAGCUGUAAGGUUGGGUAUUAUAAUUUGACAGUUACUGCUGAGAAUUGCUCUGACAUCAAUGAGUGUGAGGAUAAUAAUGGUGGCUGUUCUCAAACUUGCAUUAAUACUCCUGGAAGUUUUAAUUGUGAAUGUUAUGAUGGAUAUGAUUUCAUUAAUGGUAGCACUACAGACUGUACUGAUAUUAAUGAGUGUCUUACUAACAAUGGAGGUUGUCAACAUGUUUGUACUAAUAAAAAGGGAAGCUACUAUUGCACUUGUAAUCCUGGCUACAAUGGAAGCAUUUUCUGCUUAGAUAUUGAUGAAUGUGAGCUAGAUACUGAUAAUUGCACUCAACAAUGCACUAAUACUGAUGGUAGCUACUACUGCAGUUGUUAUACUGGGUAUAUCUUUGAUAGUAGCAAUAAUCACACUUGCAUAGAUGAUGAUGAAUGCUCACACAGUAUAGUUCUUUGUGAUCAGAUUUGCAAUAAUACUGUGGGUUCAUUUAAGUGUGGCUGCAACACUGGUUACACUUUAAGUGACAAUGGAAUAACAUGCAAAGGUAUUGAUGAAUGUGAUCUUGGCAUUUCUGGUUGUAAUCACACAUGUAUAGACACAGAAGGCAGUUACUACUGUGAAUGUGAAUCUGGCUAUUAUUUAGACAAUGACAAUUAUACAUGUAUAGAUAUUAAUGAGUGUAGCUCAUUCAAUGGUGGUUGUGAUCAUUAUUGUAGUAAUACUAUUGGAUCUUAUGACUGCUCAUGUAAAACUGGAUAUACUUUAUCAUUUAAUGAACACAAUUGCUCGGAUAUUAAUGAGUGCAAUAAAAAUAAUGGUGGCUGUAAUCAAACCUGUACCAACACUAUGGGUAGUUACUACUGUAGCU